CAGAUAUAGUGGCAGGAGUAAUGUUAUAUCCUACCCCAAACAGCUGAUUUUACACCUAGAUAAAGCGCUCAGCUGUGCGUCGAAGACACACUGUCGAGCGGAGGGACAGAGGUCCUUCCCAGGCAGGGUUUUGCAAACUUUACAGCAAAGUAACUCAAUCGACACAUGACUUCUCUGGGAUCUAAUUACAUGUUUGUGUUUGGAUUCGUACUUUUUUUUUUAACCACUCCUCUUUUGUCUAAUGUGUGAUGGCUGUUGCGUCCUGGUUCAAUCUCUGAGCAUCAGCUUUUCCACAGUUUCAUUAGUUGUCACCUGAAAAGAACCUGCCUAACGUGAUGCAAUCUUUCCCGUUAAUAUGACGAAGUCUGAUGUUUCUUCUUUGUCAUUUUCACUUUGAGUCAUUACAACCGCCUUACCUCAAAACUUCCUGUCUUCUUUAGUAUGCAUACACAGUUUAGAUCGUUUUACCUCCCAAACAACGACACGUUUAAUUCAGUAACACGAAGCACAAUUUUAAGCUUAACUUGGAUUAUUCCUCAUGUAUUCUUGUUGUACUUGAUCUAAAGGAAACCUGUACAUUGAAUACCCAGCCAUAAUGAGCUCUCUUUUAUUUUUGAAUGCUCCACCAGUUUGCCUCCAGCACAUGAAGAAUGUGUUUUUAAGGCACAGUUUCAAGGAACUCAUGAUCCUUGCCAUGAUCUGUGUGAAUAACUGUUGCGUCAUUUGAAAUUACUGCAUUUAAAUACAUUGGUUACAUUUAAAAAUGCUGUUGAUUUUGACAUUUUGAACAGAACAAAACAUAAUCUCAUAACAACAUUAUCAAAGUAAUAAAUGAAGUUAAAAACUUAAAAACAGUACUCCAUUUAUUUUUGUUCACGUGUUUCUGGUUCUUUCUUACCGUAUAAUACAAGAAACUAAACCAGACACUAUUAGCUUUAUACUGUAGUGUUUGUAUUUUAACUGCACCUUAAGACCAAGGCGAUUACGCAAAUUAGACUUGUAGCACAUUCUAGAGAGCUGAGUUUUUUAGAUGGGAUUUUUGCGUGCAACAUUGAAUUUGCCCCAGAGUCAUUGUCUCCUUUGAAAUCCACUGUGGUGUGACCAGGGUGUGACUGAUGCUAGAAGGGUAUUGGAAAGCAGACAUGCAGCGAGGCCAAUGUUUUUAAAGUAAUGGUGAUCUCUUUUUCCAUCUUUUCAUUUUACUCCUUUUUUAGAAAAAUUGGAAAAACAUCUUCAUCAAACAUUAACAACAUUAAGCAAACUUCCCAUCCCUGUUCCUAAUGUUGAAACCAGCUACAACCAGUGUGUAGCUGCAGUCUGAAUGAAGACUGUGCACAUGCUGUGUGAAUCUUUGCUGAUAGCUCUUUUUAGAAAAAUAGUACUGUGUGACAUUUUGAUGGCAGAGGCACAGAAGGAUCAGCAAUCAAAACUUGAAAUGGGUUCCUGCAAUUGAUAUUACAAGUGAAGUUCCUCUGUCCCUAGAAGAGUUCAUGUGGCUGACUAAAUGGAUUUGCUGUCAAGUCGAUAUUCACUUCAGUUUUGUUUUUGUAUUUUGAGGAUACCUUCGUAUUUGAGCUCUUCUGUGGAUGUAGUAAUCAGGUUGUUUCACAGCAUAUUCCAACAAGGUUAUCCAACAGAAUUCAUAUAUUUUUGGUGUUUGAUGUAGUUGCUACAUAUAUAGUACAACUAGUACAACAAGUAUGACCAGUGUUUCCCAUUAAUCUUCUACACUUUGGCAGCCCACCAUUUUCUAAUUUGUCCUGCCACAGUUUCAAAAUGAAUCAAACUAUGUUUACACUUCUCUUAAUCACAUAAGAGAUCUCUUAAUUUGCGUAUAGCUGUGUGCAAUCAGACCUCAUAGUUUAACUGCAGUUGUAUGCGUAACCUCCAGUGGCAUCAAUGCAGUACUCUCUCUCUCAUGUGAGAGCUUGUCUUUCACUCUUUAUUCUGUGUAUAAAUCUCUACAUUCGGAAUCUGUUGCACGUGAGAGAGCAAUGUGUAUGCACGUGCACUUGCACCACUGCUACCACCAGAGAUUGAAUGAAUUAUGUGGGAAAACGCUAAAGACACAAAAUCCAUUCAGUAAAUUAGGGUUGGACCUACCCAAUGUUGAAUAGUGGUAAAGUUGUUGCUGAUAACUCUCCUAUAGUUCCUCUUGUACACCUGCAAUUGGUUUGGCCUGUCCCAUUUAAAUUAUUAUGCAGUUGUAAUUGUGAAAUCGUAUUGCCUAGUGGGGUAAAUUCAGGUUUACCAGAAGCUGCUUAAGUUAGUUUCUUCUAAACAAUAGUAUUUCAGGAUUUGGUGGCGGUUGAUUGUGUUUAGGAUUUGCCACCCAAGUGAUGCUCUCCGUCUCUCCAUUGACUGCCUGCGUCUGUCAGUGUGGACGGGAGCCCACGAUGGUUGCGGGGCAGGUGUCUGUGCCUUCCUGGCCUCUGCAGCCUGAUACUUGAUACUAAACUAAUCUAGCUGACUUAAGGAACCGACUCUUUAAAGGGAAAAACUUCAGUAAAGCCUCUUUUGUCUGAGCCCCUGGAUCUGCAGUUCUUUAGCUGCUGCCUGGUCUGACUCAGUUUAGCUUCUCACCGCUGUAACAUUUGAACUGAUGCAGUUAGAUGUUCCUACUCUCUCCCAGUAAAUGGGUUAGGAUGGCAGGACAAUGAGUGACCAGUGAAUUUGAUUUGAGGGUCUUAAAUUGUAAUCCUAACCUGUGAAUCCUUUUUUUCACCAUGCACGUGUUGUGUUAGAUUGGUUUCAAUAUUGGUCUAAAUUCAAUUAUGAAAGAAAGGUAUGCAAUUUAAAAAGUUUUAAGGUAUGUGCUGAUUGAUUUACAAGCCCAUUGCAGUUUAUUGCAGCUGCUGAGACCUACACUGAACUCUGAAAUCUCUUGAAAUUAUCCGGAGUGGUUGUAUGUGAGAACGCGAAUGUCUGUGUCACCUUCUAUGAGAUUCUCCAGAGGAUUCACCGUGACCGAAUGGGAAUGUUGAUGACGUUUCUGCACGAGAUGGACGCAAAACUGAAACAAAGAAAACAAAUAUCUCGGGAUAGAAAAAAGAGCUGCCAUACAAUGAAGAAGCAAAAUGAAUACAUUACGUCCUGCCGCCCGCAUGCUGCACCACUUCUCACCUGAAAGCUCUGAAUUAAUCUGUGUUGUUGUGAACGCAUCUGAGAGGAGUCUUCUGCUACCGUGUUCAUAUGUGAAAGGCAAACUUAAUGUCUGAAAACAGCUUUAGUUACAUUUCAUUCAGUUGGCACUUUAUCUAUAACUCAAUCUAAUGCAGACUAAUACAAUAAAUCCUCCCUUCAUGAAGCUUUUCAGCUUUUGUCGAGACUGAUGUUGAUUUAAUCCAAUGGUUGUUCUGGAGCUGCAGUUUUUGGAGAGAUUGAAUUGUUUUGCAUUUUAUGAAAAGGUGUUUCUAUUAUUGUGUCCACCCCCAGGUUGAAUAACAGAAACACCUCUCUUUAUAAUGCAGUGCAGUUCUACAGCAACACAAGCACCUCUCUGAAUCAAAGACAUUUGUUAGGCUGAUUUACUUUUAGCUAGGUGCAUUUAAUAAACUGUCAGUUGAGUAUAAAGUCAUAUGUCUCUCCUAUCCUGCUUAAUUACAAUGGCUGUGCUAUAGUUUACUUCAGCCUCACCCCAACACUGAGUACUCUAACUUCUUUUCAGAUGCCAAUGUUGUUUUACCAUAAUUAGAAGUUUGUUUAGCUAAACUAAUUGUUACCCUCAAAAGGUUUGGCCGGGUCUUCACUGAGGCCUGGCUACGCUGGGAGGCCCCUGGGUUGGACUCUUUAAAGUGUUGAUUUGCCUUUUGUGACAGGCUGACCUGUGGCCCCGGGGCCUGGCCCGGGUGUGGUUGGUGAUUGGAGACACUGCCUUCAGUUCAUAGUUGUGCGUAAGAUUUCAGACAGCUUUCAAAUCAUUCUGACCACAGGGCAAAAGUUUUAAGCCCCUUGGCUCUGCAGUAAGAGACAUUACUUGCGCCCUGUUGACCAGUGACCUCACGUGUCAUGUAGCAGACCAGCCAGCACAAUCUACUCAUGUUUAUAUUUGCAUUUUCACUCCAUAUUUCUUUUAGAUCAUUAAAGAAAAUCAAGUCUACUUUCAGUCUCAAAUGAUUCAUGUACAAACCAGAUUUUUUUUAUUUUGCUUAUUUAAUCAAUUGUUCUUUGAGGUCGGGGAGUCCCUCAAAAAUCACCUGGGCCUCCAUGUAACGUUUUCAGCUUUCCAGCCAAAAUUUAAAACCUGGUAUAUGAGGCUGAAUUUUUUGUAGUUCUAUUGAAGCUGUGCUAAGGGCCUGCUGGUCCGUGCUGCCACCUGAGACACACUGCAUGUUUCCAAAACAGAUCUACAUCAGUCAUCUCUGAUAGAUACAAGCAAUCUACAGGAGUCACAUUGUUUUUCUGGGGGGCUCUGCAUUAAGAUUGCUUGACGAUGCAGAGGGGAGCCAUUCUUAUGCUAAUUGGCUACUACAUGUGUAGCUGAUACUCUCCCAGCACAGCACCACAGUUCUCGCUGUGAGGAUCACAGGUCUCGGGAUUUUUCUCUGUGUUCAUUUAUAUUUUUUGUCAAUCUUUUUAGUUGGUAGAAUUUGUCGCUUUAGAAAAUGAUUUUGAUAUCAUCCACCCAUGUGGAUGCGAUCAAUGUUUUUUGAACAGCUUAAUUUAAAUGAGAUCUUACACUUUACAUGGAUUGUCUUAUUUUCAACUGUUAAGAACCGGAAAAAAUAACUGAAAUGCAUGCAUACGAUGGAAGCAUUCAUUAUUUUUGUUAAGGUUGAUCUUGAGCAAAGCUUCCAAGUUGAUUAAUUAAUUCACAACUCGCCUUAAAGGACGUCUGCAGAGCUUCAUAGGAGCUGUUCCUCAGGAGAUGGGUGUGGACUCUCCUAUUGAACAGGUAGCUUCUUAGACCCCUCCCCUCUCUUCCAGGUAUAUAUCAGCUUCCCAUAGAUUCCUAUAGAAGCUUCUGCUUGUCCACUCUGCAUCUGUAGUUCACAUCACUCAUUCAGAGUGAGGAAAAGAGAUUUGUGGAAUCCUGGAGCCAGUGGAGCAAACAGCGGCAGCUCUGCUCAAUCUCAGCGCCAACAUGUUGUACCUGGAGACAGGGACCGCUACAUCCUACAGUGAGUCGCAGUACACAAACCUGGGGCUCCUGAACAGCAUGGAUCAGAGCAUCCAGAACGGCGGCUCAACCUCCACCAGCCCCUACAACAACGACCAUGCACAGAACAACGUGACAGCCCCAUCACCCUACGCCCAGCCCAGCUCCACCUUCGACGCCCUGUCUCCCUCACCGGCAAUCCCAUCCAACACAGAUUACGCUGGCCCUCACACUUUUGAUGUGUCCUUCCAGCAGUCUAGUACGGCAAAGUCUGCCACCUGGACGUACUCAACAGAACUGAAGAAGUUAUACUGCCAAAUUGCCAAGACAUGUCCCAUUCAGAUCAAAGUCCUGACCAACCCACCCCAGGGUGCCGUGAUCAGAGCCAUGCCUGUUUACAAGAAAGCCGAACAUGUGACCGAAGUGGUAAAGCGCUGCCCGAACCACGAGCUCAGCCGCGAGUUCAACGAUGCUCAGAUCGCUCCUCCCAGCCAUCUGAUUCGCGUGGAGGGAAACAGCCAUGCCCAGUACUUGGAGGACACCAUCACUGGAAGACAGAGUGUAUUAGUUCCUUAUGAACCUCCCCAGGUUGGAACAGAAUUCACCACGAUCUUGUACAACUUCAUGUGCAACUCGAGCUGCGUGGGUGGAAUGAACAGACGCCCUAUUCUCAUCAUUGUCACUCUGGAAACCAGAGACGGUCAGGUAUUAGGCCGCCGGUGCUUCGAGGCCAGGAUCUGCGCCUGCCCGGGCAGAGACCGCAAGGCAGACGAGGACAGCAUCCGCAAGCAGCAUGUAACAGACGCCACAAAGAGCAAUGAUGGUACGAAACGCCCUUUCCGCCAGGUUUCCCACGGCAUACAGAUGUCUACUAUCAAGAAGAGAAGAUCCACAGACGAGGAGGUGUUCUGUUUGCCUAUUAAAGGCCGUGAAAUUUAUGAGAUUUUGGUAAAAAUCAAAGAGUCUCUGGAGCUCAUGCAGUUUCUUCCACAACACACCAUAGAAUCAUACCGGCAGCAGCAGCAAAACCUACUCCAGAAACAGACCUCGAUGCAGUCUCAGCCCUCCUACGGCUCCAGCUCCCCUACUCACGGAAAAGUCAACAAGCUGCCCUCUGUCAGCCAGCUCAUCAACCCGCAGCAGCGUAACACACUCACCCCAUCCAGCAUGUCUGGAGGCCUGACUGACAUGACUCCCAUGAUGGGCAAUCACAUCCCCAUGAACGCUGACAUGAGUUCACUGAGCCCCACACAUGCACUGCAGCAACAGCUCCCCCUGGUGCCUUCCUCCCACUGUACCCCCCCUCCUCCAUACCCCAUGGACAGCAGCAUCUCCAGCUUCCUUAUACGGCUGGGCUGCGCAGGCUGCUUGGACUACUUCACAGCACAAGGCCUAACCAACAUCUACCAGAUUGAGAACUAUAACAUGGAGGACCUGUCCAGGAUGAAGAUCCCUGUGGAGUUCCAGCACAUCAUCUGGAAGGGCAUCAUGGAGCACCGACAGGCCAUGGAUUUUUCCCCACCUCCCCACAUAGUGCGCACCACCAGCGGGGCCUCCUCCGUCAGCAUGGGCUCCUCCGAGGCCCGGGGCGAGCGCGUCAUUGACGCAGUGCGCUUCACUCUGCGCCAGACCAUCUCCUUCCCACCGCGCGACGAGUGGUCUGACUUUUCCUUCGACCUGGAUUCUCGCCGCAACAAACAGCAGCGCAUCAAGGAGGAGGGCGAGUGAGGCGACCCGCGUCCUGUUCUCAAUUCCCCCCAAAAUCUCACCUCGCGCCUGCUGUUGGAACAUUUCAUUUGAAAAACCUGGUAUCAGUGCAAAUACUGCUGAGAACAAAAUACAUAUUCACAUCGAGAUGCACUUAUUUUCAUUGUUGUUCUGGUUCUCGUAGUCGCAGAAAAGAAUGGUGUCGAGCAAAGGUGCAUUUUAUUAUGUUCUGAUCUCUUGAGAGCACUUAGGAAACGCUGAGGAUUUCAAGAUGAUUGCUUUGAGCUUGUGUUAAGUGUCCGUGAUUCAUUCCCAUGUUAAAGCAUGACUGGAAACAAACGUUGCAUUAAAGGGCUUAUUAGGGCUUGUAUUUCUGCUAUGGGCCGUAGCAAACGUGUAUUUUACUCUGUCAUACUUUUAAAGUUUUCACAUAUGGCUGUACGAGUUAGUCGAGUACACUGGUUUUCAUGUGUGGCAGAAGUCAGCAUUGAUUGUAAACAUUUCAAACAUUUCCUGUCAGAAGUAUUAUGUCAGUUGAUGGGCAAUCUGUUUUCUACUGUAGCUUCUUUAUUUUGCUUUUCUUAUGUCUGUUGUGAGACCAAUGCAUCACCUUGCUGUGUCAGGUUGUGAAGUGUGUGUGCUUAAAUGACAGAUGGUCGUUCAUUUGAUGUAGCCAUAUAUAGGCCUAAUGCUCUUGACCCAGUGUUUUACAGUACGUUGAUACUAUGACUGACUGUUUGUUUCUUGUUUUACUGCUGUGCAAAAGUGGUUAAGUGAUAAAGAGCAGACCUUUGUUUCUUGCAGCGGGUGCCUAGCACAAGUAUUUUCUUUUUUAUUCAUAAACCAUGUUUUGGUUGAGGUUUACUUCAUUUUAUAACUGGCCAAAACCUAUGAUAUAAAUGUAUAUAAAUUUGUAUAGUUCUUUUAUGAAAGUCUCCCUAAAGAAAAUGACAUGGUUUUCAUCGUGGAAAAAAGCAUACUGAUGUGAAUAUUGCCUGGAAGCUUCAUCGGUGAGGACAAUGUUUGUAUGAGUUCUGACGGGUGCGUACUGUAUGCGUGUAGCCUGAAUUAGCUCGCAGCCGAUUUUCAACAUGGUUUCAAGAAUCGAGCAUUUGCAUUUUCAUAUUUUUGUACAAUGUAUUGUAAAUAUGUUGCAAUAUACUGAGGGUAUUUUGAUAUAAAUCUGAAAUAAAUAUCCAUACUUGCUGUAUUGCAUUUUAA